UUCGCCUGGGAGCCCGCAGAAGCAAGCCCAAAGGCCACUGUCCAUACCCCGAGGACACUGGAGGAGAAAUUUGGCUGCCUCUGAGCGGUAACCUGGUGGCCUGAACCACUUUCACAGCUGCAGAUCCAAGCUGGCGCAUACGUGCCGGUCCGCGCUGAGAGAAGGAAACCGCUGGGGGGCAGCAAAGGCUCGCAGGUUUCUCCUUACAGCGGCUGUUCUUUAUAUUGUGCCGCAUUUUGCAUUUUGCUUUUUUUUUUUUUUUUAACGAAUUGCUCUCUUUUAGAAAUUUAAUUUUCGAAUCCGAACUGCAUUGUAUGAGCAGGGACCCCGUUCGUCAUUUCCUCUCAGAAAUACAUUUUUUCCUGCCAGAAUUUUACUUUUUCUCCCUCCUGUCAUUUCCAAGAAUACCAGAGCUUUCCCUUGCCCCAGGAAGGCCAGGCCCAGGCGGAUCCGAGUGAGGAGCUGGCGAGGCGUAAUGGACAGUGGCAGAGCCGGACGCUUGGCGCGGUUCCGGCCCCUAGGGAGCUGGACCAGGGAGUACCCGCAGCAGGAGCAUACUGGGCCUCAGGAACCCUGGGUGGGGCCGACUUUGCAGCUGCUCAGCACUCUGGCUACUACAGUGGAGACACGAUCUGAUGCCCUGAAAAAUACCUAUAGAACCUGGCUUUUGGGGGAGAAGAUUUGAUGAGAGUCACCAAACCACACCUCGCAGCUCUUGGAUCCUGGAGAAGUUUGUAAAUGUCACGUCUGUGUCUCAAGACGAAAACAACUCACUAAGGUUUCACACUUUCCAGGAAAGGCCAGCGGACACCUGAUAUAGGCCAAAUGAAGCGUGCGGGAGCCUUUUCGUGGCUCACAAGAGGACCCCGCGGCAAGUGCGGCGAGACUGGGAGCGGCGCGCGAGGAGGCGCCCACAAAGCGCCCUCGCGGAGUCGGGCGGGGGUGCUCCCUGAGGUGACAGGAGGAAGCGGGAGGUGGAGGGUAGAGAGGAGGUCCCGCCCCCACCUCGCUCUCCUUUACGGGAAGUGAUGUGGGGCCAGACGGAAAAUACCCGCCAAGGACCCAAAAAGGGCCGGCAACGGGUGGACGCGGCGCGCACGCAGGCAGAGCGGCGCGGGCCCAGCGAGGUCCAGCCAGGCAAAAAGUAACCUUUUUGAAGAGGACAUGUGAUUGGACGUUGUCUAAUUGUUGAAGUGUUGGGAGCAACGUUUCCAAAGUUUUAGAAAAACAACCAACGACUUAUACUCUCUCCCUCAAGGUGAACCACUGAGUUCUUCAUUAUGUCUGAUGGAGACUAUGAUUACCUUAUCAAGUUUUUAGCUUUGGGAGACUCUGGAGUAGGGAAGACCAGUGUACUUUACCAGUACACAGAUGGUAAAUUUAACUCCAAAUUUAUCACGACAGUGGGCAUUGAUUUCAGGGAAAAGAGAGUGGUGUACAGAGCCAAUGGACCAGAUGGAACCAUUGGCAGAGGUCAGAGAAUCCACCUGCAAUUAUGGGACACAGCAGGGCAGGAGAGGUUUCGUAGCUUGACAACAGCAUUCUUCAGAGAUGCUAUGGGGUUUCUUCUGCUUUUUGAUCUGACAAAUGAGCAAAGUUUCCUCAAUGUCAGAAACUGGAUAAGCCAGCUACAAAUGCAUGCAUAUUGUGAAAACCCAGAUAUAGUGUUAUGUGGCAAUAAGAGUGAUCUGGAAGACCAGAGAGUAGUAAAAGAGGAGGAAGCAAGAGGACUUGCAGAGAAAUAUGGAAUCCCCUACUUUGAAACUAGCGCUGCCAAUGGGACAAACAUAAGCGAAGCAAUCGAGAUGCUCCUGGACCUGAUAAUGAAGCGAAUGGAACGGUGUGUAGACAAAUCCUGGAUUCCUGAAGGAGUGGUCCGAUCCAAUGGUCACACCUCCACAGAUCACUUGAAUGAAGAAAAGGAGAAGGGGAUCUGUGGCUGUUGAAGAGUCCAGUGAGCUACACAAUAACUCAAGUGGUCCGUGUCUGUGAUCUUUUCUAUGGGUGAUAUAUGUGGCACAGAGAGAGAUGAGCAGGCAUUAUGUACAAACUGCUUCUACCGUCCCACUUAGACCUCUCCAGUUUUAAAAUUCAUUUGCUGCAGCUUUUAAAUAUUUAAGAUUCAGCCCGAGAGUUAUGAGAAAUAUUUCACAUAGCCAAAAGUGCCUUAUAAGACCUUAACCCAUGGCAGGAGAUGGUUCAGAAUUGAGGAUUUUGUAGCUACAGAAGAGUGCAUUUAUUAUGUAGAAUGACUAAAGAUACCAUCACCUGCCUUAACAUACAUCAGUCCAGAGUCUAACACUCAAAAUCUUAGAUACAAUUAUAAAACUACCCAUCAGUCUUUAAUCCAAAUUAAAAAACCCACUUGUACUGUGGGUGACCUUGUAAAAUGCCAUCUAAACCACUUGAAUGUUAAAUAAGAAUAUACACAAACAUCAGUUCAACGUCCUUGAGUAUUAAUUUAUAUAAACAAUCUCUUUAAAAUGAAUAUAGCAUAAAUUAUGCUUAUAUCUGUAGACUCUGGAUAAAGUGGAUUGACCAAUUGUAUACUCACUGAGGUUCUUGUUGGUAGGAAAGGGGUUGGGGGUGAGGUUAGGGGUAUCUUAAUGUAGUGUGAGCAACUGAAGUGGGGCCUCUAGCUCCCUGCUAUAUUCCUACUGCUCUGAAGGGCUGAUUGAAGGAUCAGUGAAUUAGAUUUUUAUGGCUGUAUUUCAUUGUGAUCUGUGUGUUUAUACUUGGCCUACAUGCUGGCCACAUUUGAACAUAGCUGGUGCUUAUGCUGAAGUUAUUUGUGAUAAGUAAGCAUUUAGCUUCUUUUUUCUUUCAUAUUUAUAAUGUUGGUCUGGCAUCCUCAGACUGCAGUUUUAAUUAGCUUGUGAACUACUAAUCUUUUGUCUUCACCAUCAUGCUUUAUAUUAUUGAUAUUUGCAACUUGUUUUAUUUUUACAUUGGUGGAAUUAAAGGAAUUAGAUUUUAAUUGCAUAAAAUGUUUGCUAUUUGGUAGAAGAAAGCUGUAUUUAAGCAGUUACAUUAAUACUAUAACUCAAUAUAAGAAAAAUGAAGCCUUAAAUAGCCUAUAUUUUUUAUUUAGAUCACAGGCAUUUAUUGUACUCUCUGGGUCUUGCCAAGGUCAUGGAUUCCUCUGCAUUGUCUAAGUGUCUUUAUAUCAAUCAACUUUAAAAUAUGCUUAAUGGCAGGUGUUUAUAAAGGUCAUAGGGGAAAAUUCUUAUUUAUUAAAGAAAGUGGUUUAAGUAAAUUAGAUUAAAAUUUCCAAAGAACUUAAUGGUUAUUUAGGAAGAAUUACCAUUCAUUGUAAUUUAAACAAAGAAUAAAAAUAAAUGUAUUUUGUGGUGGCAAAUGAUUGGAAGAACUGUAAUUAGAAAAAUACAGCCAUGAUGGAAGUAAUUACUUUUACAUGGUAAUUUUCAAAUAGCUGUUUUUUUUUUUAAUUUUUAUUAUGUUAAUCACCAUACGUACAUCUUAGUUUUUGAUGUAGUGUUCCAUGAUUCACUGUUUGCAUAUAACACCCAGUGCUCCAUCCUAUUUCUUUGGUGCUUCCUUCCUACUACUCCCUUAAAAAACUUAGCUGUGAGUAAUGAGAUCUUAUAUAUUUCUAUCCUUGAAAUGAAGACUUCUUGUUAAUACUAAGAAAGUCAUUGAGUCCUGUGCAUUUGGAUUGUGUAUUCCAGUAAGGAAAAGAUCCAGACAUUACAAGGGCAGGGUCCUAAUCACAAACAGUGCCUUCUAAAGUUGCCAUAGACUUCAGUUUAGCAAAUCAUAAUUUUAUAGCUACGUAUCAGGCAGCAUUUUAUAUGGUCUAUUAUGUAGUUAAAAAGAAGACAAUAUUUAUAUGUUUCACUUUUUUCAAGAACCAAACAAGCAAUUAGCUACAUAUCCCAUUGGCUUUAAGCAUAAUACACAAACAUAUACAUGAUAUAGUGCACAUGCAAGAACCAUCCUUAACUAUUGAAAUAAAUAACCUGUAUUGUCUUUGAAAAUCCUUUGUUUGAAUUUGGUAUCAAAGUAUCAUUUUUGUGCAUCAGUGUAUUUUUCUAUUUAUAAGACUGUGUAAAAGUAAAGUGUAUCCUCAGUGAACUUUGUGCCAAGUAAGCUUAUAAUUAAAAAGUGGUCUCGUC